AUGAAGAAGCAAGAAAAAGCUGCCCAGGUGAUCUCAUGUGCAAGUGGACAAGAACAAGCUGUUGUUAUUGAGGACUCCACCAAUAAUUCAACUCCCUCAGAUUGCAGCGUCACAGCUGUAGGUGUGACUGUCAGUGCAUUGCUGCCUGCGGCAACAUCUCCGUCAAAAGACUUAGGUGCAGAAGGUGGUAGUGAAGAAGAGCCACAAAGCAUGGGUAUGAAACAGUCCAAGUCUGAGCACACAGGUCUGGGCCGUAAAGACAAAUCAAGAGAAAGUAAGUCGUGCCUGGGAAGAAAGUUUAUGAGUAAGAGCCAGGACAAUUUGGGCAGCCAGAAAAAAGGGAAGCCAAAAGAAACUGUGGUGGAGGCUCCGAAACCACGUGAGAAUGCUGCUUCCUUGGCUAGAGCUGAAGCAGUUCGUGCUAAGAGAAACAAAGAAAACAUUAUGGUUAAAGAGAAGGAGAAACAGACAACAUUUGCCAAACCAAAAUCAGUAAAACCUUUUAGCCUGCCAACUAAUAUGCGUAAAACUUCCAACACACAUUCCAUUGACAGAACAAGUCAGAGCUCUUCCAGCCUGAAGUCACAAACAUCUUUAAAGUCUUCCAACAACUUGGCAAUCAAGCGAGCACAGAGCACACAGAAUGUCAGCAAGGACAACUUUAUGAAGAAACGGACUUCCGUCCCUGCUGACGUCAUGGCAUAUAAUGCUGAGCUUCUUGCCAAUUUUGAAAAAGAGAAGAAAAUUUUAGAGCUGCAAAUCUCCGAGCUGACAAAGGUGACGGAAAGUAGGAAAGGAGAGAUUGAAAAGUACAAGUAUGACAUUUAA